UUGAUGACCGAAUGUGCAAGACGCACAGCAAGAUAACAGAACUUUACUGUAGGACUGACAAGGCCUGUAUUUGUAUUUUGUGUUUCAAAAACGAUCACAAGAGCCACAAUGUUGUCCCACUUGAGGAAGAAUAUGAAGCAGUGAUGGCAAAAAAAGAUGAGACGAUGGCAAAUAUCCUAAAGAUGAAGCAAUGCCGGUUUGAAAAGAUAGCUGAGAUUGAAAACUCAGUUGAUGUUAGCCAGAGAGAAGCUGAGAAAGAGAAAGAAGCCAGUGAGCAGGUCUUCACUGACUUGAUCCGCUCCGUGCAGAGAAGCCAGGCCGAGUUUGUCGAGGUGAUUGAGGAGAGAUGCAGAGCAACAAAGCAGGAGGCUGAAGGUUUUCUCACAGAACUGAGGACGGAAGUCGCCGAGCUCGAGAGCAGAAGCGGCCGCCUGCAGCAGCUGUCACUGUCUGAGGAUCACCAUCAUUUUCUCCAGAGCUUCCCAACCUUGUGCUCUCCUUUAAAGGACUGGACCAACAUUGGUGUUCACAGCGAUGUGUGCUUCGAGGCAGCGAGAAGUGCUGUGACUCUGCUGAAACAGAGAGUUGAUGAAAUAGUGGAGGAGCUUCCUGAGAUCAAAAUGAAAAGGAUGAGAGAACAUGCAGUGGACUUGACCUUUGACCCUGACACAGCAUUUUGCACACUUGUCAUAAGCCAGGAUGGAAAACAAGUGAGAGAAUGCAGGCACAAAACAGAAUGUUCCCUCCAAUCCAAAGAGAUUUGAACUGUAUCCGAGAAGUUUUGACAAAGGAGGGGUUCACAGCAGGGAAGUUUUACUAUGAGGUGCAAGUGAAAGGAAAAACUGAAUGGAUUGUUGGAGUGGUCAGAGAGUCUGUUGAUAGAAAGAACGAAGUAGAUAUGUCAGUAAAAAAUGGUUUCUGGAACAUUAGGCUUGAUAAGGGUAUAUAUUACUGUACAGGAUUCACGGAAGGUUGUAUUCACAGUGAAAGAACAGCUUCAGAAGGUGGGCAUCUUUGUGGACUAUAACAAGGGAGUGGUUUCUUUCUAUGAUGUGAAUUUUAAAUCACACAUCUAUUCUUACACUGGCUGCCACUUUAAAGAGA